GGAAUGAAGAUCAUUUCUUGCACCGCGGCUAAUGCUACGCUGCAGUUAUGCUGCUCCUUAAGAAGAUCUGUGUGAUGGCUCUGCUGAUUCUGCUGACACACGAGUCUAAAUCUCAGCUCUCUGACUGUGGUCGGCCACAGCGGAACACCAGGAUCGUUGGAGGACAGGCAGCUCCUGCUGGCAGCUGGCCCUGGCAGGUCAGUCUGCACAAAUCAUCUCACUUCUGUGGAGGAUCCCUGAUUAACAACCAAUGGGUUCUGACUGCGGCUCACUGCGUCUCAAAUGGAAAUCCAUCCGGGAUCACAGUCUAUCUGGGCCGUCAGAGUCAGCAGGGAUCCAAUCCCAACGAAGUCAGUCGGACAGUAACGCAGAUCAUUGUUCAUCCAGGCUUCAGCUUUUCCACACUUGACAACGACAUUGCCCUAAUGAAGCUCUCCUCAACUGUAACCUUUAACGCCUACAUCUCACCUGUCUGCCUGGCUGCUUCCAACAGCAGCUUCUACAGUGGAGUCAACUCAUGGGUCACCGGCUGGGGCAACAUCGGGUCCAGUGCACCUCUUCCUUUUCCACAAAACCUGAUGGAGGUGGAGGUACCAGUUGUGGGAAACAGGGGAUGUAAAUGUAGCUAUGGAGCUAGCACCAUCACCAGCAAUAUGAUAUGUGCUGGCUUAACUGUGGGAGGAAAGGAUGCCUGCCAGGGAGACUCUGGAGGUCCAAUGGUGAGCAAGCAGAGCGACCGCUGGAUUCAAGCAGGAAUUGUUAGUUUUGGACGAGGUUGUGCAUUGCCAGAUUUCCCUGGAGUCUAUUCUAGAGUUUCCCAGUAUCAGACCUGGAUCAACGAUCAUAUACCUACCAACCGUCCAGGCUUCAUUACCUACACACCCGAUGAAACUACAACUGACCCUGACCUCAGCGUCUCCUGUGCAGAUGUACCCCCAAUUAUAUUACCAACCACUACCACCACAACUACCACUACUACUACUGCUACCACAACUACUACUACAAGCAUUAUGAAACCAAAACCUACAACUGGCUCAGUAGCAACAAAUCUCAACACAACCAAUGUGACCAAGCCAACAACCAAACCUAUAACCACCACAGCAACAUCCAGUACAAAGACCACCACCACCUCUCCACAGCCCACCAUCCCCAGGCCUCUAGUUUGUGGGCGAGCUCCACUAAACACCCGUAUUGUAGAUGGAAGCCCGCUGGUGACUGAGGGUAAGUGGCCGUGGAUGGCGAGCUUGCAGCAUUUAGGGAAGCAUGUGUGUGGAGGGACGCUGGUGUCAGAGGACGCCGUUCUGACCAAUGCCAAAUGCGUUUCAAGCUCCCUCAAUGGGUCUGAGUAUACCGUUGUGUUGGGUCGUCUGAAGCAGAACGGAUCAAACCCUAAUGAGCAGACUUUCAAUGUGGCCAACAUCACUUUGAGCAAUCUAACAGGUUCCAACAUUGCAUUGCUUCAGCUGUCCACCAAACCCAUCCUAAACAAUUAUGUUCAGCCCAUCUGCCUGGAAAAUGGCAGAAGCUUCUCAGCUGGAUCUACAUGCUGGGCCACAGGCUGGAGUUCUGGGAAUGGAGGAGAAGAGCAAGUUCUUCUGGAGUUCAAGACCACUGUUGUUGAAUGUGAGAAUAUAUCAUCUGCUGACAGCAUAUGUACCCAGGUGUUUACAUUGGAACAGGGUGACUCCGGCGGCCCACUCAUGUGUGAACAGGAUGGAUCUUGGUUCCAGGUCGUCGUUCUGUUUUUUGUUGGCAUCUCUACCAGACCAAGAAGACAAACUCCUCUGAUGGUCUUUGAAAAUCUGAAUCGCUUUGAGGACUUCCUGCUUCAGUCUCUGGGGACAUUUCUGAGUCCGACCAUUCGAGAGAACAGCACCGUCACCAACGGCACUGUCGACUCCACAACUGCAACCAUCAUGACGACCAGUGGAGGGACUCAGACCCACAUGUCCUCUGUCUUCUGCCUGUCUCUACUUGUGGUGUUUUUUCUCCAAUUCUUUCUGUAGAAAUGUCCAACUCCACCUGUUACCCGUUGCAACGGAAAAAUGACUGUAAGCUGUUGUUCAAGGAAGAAUCUGCCUGAUUUGGACCAAUUUCUAAACCUGCUAAGGAAUCUUUGAACCUUCUGGUUUCUAUCCUCAGUAAGAGUCAUGGUAAUGCUUUCUUUAUUGGGGACCAGUGAAGGACCUGUUUACCUUGCAGCUUUAGAGGUCCCACAACACUUAUGUUUCCUACAUCUUUGGACUAAAGAGACGAAUCAAGCCGCCUUUGGUGAAACAACUUGUUUCUGUGGUUCUGAGACGUCCAAACUUACGUUUCUGUCCCUCAUUGAUUGAUGUGUUGGUUUUGAUGAUGGUGUGGUUGGUCUCUGUCUCCUUCAUGCUUUGAUUAAAAUCUGAACCCAGAAUCUGUUUAAUAAAAAUCUACUGAGGAACAAUGAGUGCC